GGGGGGGCUCCGGGGGCUCGGGGGGGCCUGCAGGCUCCACAGAGGCACAAUGAAGAGGUUCAGACGGCACGGCCACGAGUCCCACAGGGACCGGCUCAAACAGGAGCUCUUCCAGUUCAACAAGACGGUGGAACAUGGCUUCCCCCACCAGCCCAGUGCCCUGGGCUUCAGCCCGUCUCUACAGCUGCUCGCCAUCGGGACUCGUUCUGGAGCCAUCAAACUGUAUGGAGCUCCAGGUGUGGAGUUUAUGGGUCUGCAUGACGAGAACGCUGCCGUCACACAGGUUCACUUCAUGAACCACCAGGUGGAGCUGGUGACUCUGCUGGAUGACAACAGUCUCCACAUGUGGACAUUAAGAGGACACAAAGGACAGUCGGAGCUUCUGGAGAUCGGGCGCUUCAUGUUGACGGGACCGCCUGGGGCGCCCCCCAGUGUGACCCGGGUCACAGCCGUCCUGGCUCACUCCUCGGGAGAGCUGCUGCUGCUGGGCACCGAAGGGGGACACGUCUUCGUCGUGGAGGUUCCAGGGUUCCGAGAGCUGGAGGAGAGGAACAUCAGCCUGGACCAGGUGUCCAGCAGCGUUCCGGACGACUACAUCGGCCGGAGGAACCUGGAGCACGUGGAGGCGCUGCAGGAGAACCCGGUGGACCCGAACCAGGUGGUCCUGGGCUACGGCCGAGGGCUGAUGGUCAUCUGGGAUCUGCAGAGGCAGCGGGCCGUCCAGCACAUCCCCGCCACACAGCAGCUGGAGAGCGUCUGGUGGACGGAGGACGGAAGCUUCCUGCUCAGCUCCCACAGUGACGGGAGUUUCUGCCGCUGGGCGGUCGGAGUGGAGGACGAGAAGGACGACGAGGAGAAGUCUGACAUUCCCUACGGACAUUUUCCCUGCAAGGCCAUUUCUAAAAUCGUCCAGCUGCCGACAGCAGACGGGCCCCCGUUCCUGCUGUUCAGCGGCGGCAUGCCCAGAGCCAGCUACGGAGACCGCCACUGCAUCACCGUCAUCCACGGGAAGACCCACGUGGCUCUGGACUUCACCUCCAGGAUCAUCGACUUCUUCGUCAUCCGAGACGGAGCCAAGCACACGGGAGACCCCCGUGCCCUGGUGGUGCUGGUGGAGGAGGAGCUGGUGGUCCUGGACCUGCAGACGGAGGGCUGGCCCGUCAUCCAGACCCCCUACCUGGUCCCGCUGCACAGCUCGGCCAUCACCUGCUCCCACCACGUCUCCUCCAUCCCCCUCAAGCUGUGGGAGCGGCUGCUGGCGGCGGGCGAGCUGCAGUCCCGACACUACUCCAAGAAGCCCUGGCCAAUAAUCGGAGGUCAGAACCUGGGAGCAGAUCCACCACAGAGAGACCUGCUGCUGACGGGACACGAGGACGGGUCGGUCCGGUUCUGGGACGCCUCUGGAGUGUGUCUGUCUCCGAUGUACAAGCUGAGCACGGCGGGGGUCUUCCACACCGACUCGGACCCCAACGACAACAUGAACCAGGGCCCCGAGGGAGAGUGGCCCCCCUUCAGGAAGGUGGGCUGUUUCGACCCGUACAGUGACGACCCCCGUCUGGGGGUCCAGAAGAUCCACCUGUGUAAAUACAGCGGCUACCUGACGGUGGCCGGCACGGCGGGACAGAUCCUGGUCCUGGAGCUGAACGACGAGGCGGCCGAGCAGACGGUGGAGGCCACAGUGGUGGACCUGCUGCAGGGCCAGGAGGGCUUCCGCUGGAAGGGCCACGCCCGGCUGGACGUGCGCGAGGAGCCGGUGCUGUUCCCGCCGGGCUUCCAGCCCUUCGCCCUGGUGCAGUGCCAGCCGCCCGCCGUGGUCACCGCCCUCACGCUGCACUCGGAGUGGAAGCUGGCGGCGUUCGGGACCAGCCACGGCUUCGGCCUGUUCGACUACCAGCAGAAGACCAACGUCUUCAUCAAAUGCACGCUGAACCCCGGGGACCAGCUGGCCAUGGAGGGUCCUCUGUCCCGAGUCAAGAGCAUCAAGAAGUCCCUGCGGCAGUCCUUCAGGAGGAUCCGGCGCAGCAGAGUGUCUCUGAGGAAGCACCACGCCAACAACGCCUCCAAGCUGCAGGAGGCCAACGCCCGCCUGGAGGCGGAGCUGGCGGAGAUGGAGCUGGCCCCCGUCCAGAGGAAGAUCGAGGCCCGCUCCUCCGACGACUCCUUCACCGGCCUCGUCCGGACGCUCUACUUCGCAGACACCUUCCUCUCAGACAGCUCACACAGCACGCCCUCCCUGUGGGCGGGGACAAACGGCGGCUGUGUCUUUGCGUACAUGCUGCGUCUUCCUCCAGUCGAGCACCGAGCGGACGAACCCGUCACCGCACAGCAAGCCAAGGAGAUCCAGCUGAUGCACCGCGCCCCGGUGGUGGGCCUGGUGGUCCUGGACGGGCAGGGCGCCCCGCUGCCCGAGCCCCUGGAGGUGGCCCACGACCUGGCCCGCUCGGCCGACAUGCAGGGCUCGCACCACCUGGUGGUGGUCUCCGAGGAGCAGUUCAAGGUCUUCACCCUGCCCAAGCUCGGCGCCAAGACGAAGCUGAAGCUGACGGCGGUGGACGGCUCCCGGGUGCGGCGGGUGGGCGUGGCCUACUUCGGGAGCAGCCGGACGGAGGACUACGGCGAGAGCGGCCUGGUGGUCCUGACCAAUCAGGGCGACGUCCACGUGGUGUCCCUGCCCCACGUCAAGAUGCAGGUUCAAUACCCCUGCAUCCGCAAGGAGGACGUGAGCGGCAUCGCGUCCUGCGUGUUCACCAAGCACGGCCAGGGGUUCUACCUGAUCUCUCCGUCGGAGUUCGAGCGCUUCUCGCUGUCGGCCCGCCUGGUGGUGGAGCCUCGCUGCCUGGUGGAGCUUCCUCUCGGCUCCGCCUCCAAGCAGCGGCUCAACUCCAACAGGUCCAGGAUCCAGAGCGAGGACGCAGAGAGCGCUGCUCGCCGUGUUAUGGAGCAUGCUUUACUGAAUGACGAGCAGGUCCUGCAGGAGAUCCAGAAGUCUCUAGAAGGAGAUCAGACGUCCUUCCUGGAGAACAAUGUGAAGAGCGUUGCGUCCUGAACUCCUUCCCGUCUUCCCGCCGUCUCCCCGCCCGGACGGGACACGACCACUACUGACCCCUCUGCCCCCCCCCCCCCCAACUGACUCCUGAAGGGCUCCAGACCGAAGGUGGAGAACCUCACCGCCCGUGCCUCGAGGACCGCACACUGUCCCCAAAGCCACAUGAAGCACAUUCCUGCAUCCUCCAUCCUGCCAGCUGCCACCAAAUACCCCCACCCCACCAAAUACCCCCACCCCGCCCCGCUGAGGCCUUGACCACCAGCAGCCCCCCGCUGCCCGCCGUGCCUCUGGUACUCCAGCGCUCAGUCCUGCUCCGGAGGCCUGUUUCUGCCAAAAACAAUCCAGAGUCUCUCAGACUGUGAUCCAGCAUCCAGGAGACGAUCCGGAGUCUCCGGUCUUCACCACCGCCGAGAACUCCUGAAGACAAUCAGCUCCCGGUUCUGCCGGGGAUCGUGGUUCUACAGAACUCCUCCCGGUUCUUCCAAAACCUGAAGCAGCAAAUCACCAAAUCGUCCCGAUUCCACAGCCGAAGUGAUUCAGUCCAGCUGGGUUGUCCAGGUCCUGGUCCAGGUCCUGAUCUGUGACCUGAGUCCAGGUCCUGGUCCAGGUCCAGGUCCUGAUCUGUGACCUGAGUCCAGGUCCUGGUCCAGGUCCUGAUCUGUGACCUGAGUCCAGGUCCUGGUUCUGGUGCUGAUCUGUAGCAUGAUCCCACUGGCAAGUUUCUGAAGUGGUGACCUCUGACCUUUUACAAUGUUUUAAUGCUGAAUGAUCCGACCUUUGACCUCUUGUGGCACCAGCGAGCCUCCGUACCGGCCGGCGAGUCGAACCAGGAAGUGUUCGGACGCUUUGGAGAGAAGAAGAAACGCGAUGCUAGCUCCUCGCGGUAGCAUGCUAGCAUCUCACGCUGUACUGUGCCUGUGUGAGCAGGGCCCCGCCCCCUCCCGGCCCCGCCCCCUCCCCCGCCACGCCCGUCCACGGAGGUACUCCUGCAGAGCCCGCCAUGCUGUACUUGCUGUUGCGGGGGCUUCCUGCGGGGUCUGAAUGGUUUUAGGGUUUUUUACCGCCAGAUGUAAUUUAGGAAUGUCAGUGUAAGCUAUUGUAGUGAAAUGUUUUAAUAUAUAAUGACUCCGUUCCUGUGGGCCUGUUGUGUCUGGGUUGGCUGCUAUUUGGAUCAUCGAGGAAAUAUUUUGGUACUGUCUCAGAAUGCUGGGUAUUUUAGCAUCAGUGUAGAAUAUAUUUUUGUAGAGAACUGAUUGAAAACCCUGAUUGUUUGAUUCGUACAUAUCUCACACUACGCUUCACCUCAGCUGAACUAUUAAUACAUGUUUUUACCACCA